UUAAAAAGCCUUUGGCUACUUCAAGGUACAAAUAGGUAGAUAGAGUGUGCUGGAAGAUUUUUUUUCAUGUUGCUUUUCGAAGAUCCUUUUCUUGCUGAGGGAGCUAGGAGGACCCUGAUGCAUAUAGAGUAAGAAAUUUGUUUUUAAACUUCAGAACUGGUUGCUGAUUGCUGAACCAAGAAAAUUGAAGGUUGGUAAUGGAUGAAUCUACCGAGAAAGUUCAAGAAGGCUUAUAUGCUACAGAUGCCGAUUUUAGAAAACUCUACUCAGUUGAGGGGAUCUCAACUAAAGAAGAUGACAUGCAAGAAAUGGAGAUAGCACUUCAAGCCUUAACGGAGAUAGACUUUCGCUUAGCAUAUUUUUCUGAAAAACUAAUGAACCUGCAUGUACUUUAUAUUUAUCUGUUGGCCCGGGAAAAUGAUCUCGAAGCAAUAGAUACGAAGGAUGACUGCAUCUUGGCAAACUUCUUUGAGAGGGCGAUGACGUUUGAUCUAUUGUCUGGCAUUUUAGAUUCAGAGGUAAGAGAGCUGGACAAUUUCAUGGACACUCUGCAGGAAGAAAUUGUUGAUGCCCGUCGUAAAAUAUUUUCAUGCAGACAUUUGACAGAAGUUUCUCAUAUGAUGGAAGAAAAAUUGCUUGGCUGUGAAGAAUCUAUGAAGCAGUUUCAGCAGCAGCUAUUGGAGUUGAAGAUGCAGUCAACCCAGUUACAGAAAACAAUUGCUGCUUUAAAAGAUGAUAAUUGCAAAAUGGAGAGGGUCUAUAAUUUAUUGGAAAACAGUCAACUGAUAGAUAUGAAAGUAAAAUCCAGUGAUCAGAUGGUUGAACAACGAAAAUAUCUUCUUCGAAUGCUUGAGAAGUCCCUCGUGAGGGAGCUAGAUCUUGAAAAGAAGUUAGUGGAGCUGAGGAAAAAUGAAGAGCUAAAGCUGAAACUUCACUACACGGAACAGGUAGCGUUUCGUAUGGAAGAAGCAGCAGAAGUAGUUUGGGGAAGAUUUCUAGAGGCAGACAAUGCCGUGGAGGUGCUGAUGGGGAUUUCCAAAGGUCUAAUGGGGCGCCUCCAACUAACUGAGUUCAACCUCAAUGGUUCUAUUCACCGAGAAAAUGAGCUCAAAUCCAAAAUUCAAGAUUUCAUCGAACAAGUCAAGGAUAAAGAUGCCGCUAUAGAGAAGCUUGAGAGAUGUAAUGCCGAGAAUAUGCAGCUGAAGUCUGAAGUGUUGGCUUUAAAGGAAAAGGUCAAACUCCGCGAAGAAGAGCAAAGGGAUUUUGAGCUUCGGCUAAAUUCUGUGAUUGCAGAGAAUGAAACUAGUCAAGAGCAACUCAUUGAACUGGAAAAUUUGGUUGUUUCCCUCAAAGAAAGUGUUGACAUUGCCGAAAAUCGGGCAGAGACUGCAGAAGCAAAGGUUACACAGUUAACUGAGACCAACAUGGAACUUAAUGAAGAGCUGAAUUUUCACAAAGGAAGUGCAAGUGCUGCAGAGAAGAAAGUUGGUUCACUCGAGAAGCAACUAAGGGAAUUAGAUAGCCAGCUGCAGAAUGCAAAGGCAUCUUCUGAAGCAAGUCAAGAACAGCAGAACAUGUUAUACACAGCAAUAUGGGAUAUGGAAAUAUUGAUUGAAGAGCUAAAAUCAAAGGCUUCAAAAGCUGAAAGUAAGAAGGAGAGUGCUGAAGAGCAAUGCAUUGUGCUAUCCAAUACUAUCUUAGAACUUAAUAAAGAAUUGGAUCUCCUCAGGUCCAGCAUGAUCAGCAUGAAAUUAUCUUUGGAUCAUGCUUGCAAUUCAAAAUUAUCCAGUGCCAAAGAAAUUGAUACCAGAUCCAAGUUUAUCAUGGAUAUGAUAAUGCAACUAGCUGCCGAAAGGGAGCGUAUCAAUAAACAGCUACAUGCUUUGAGAAAUGAAAACAAAUGUCUGGUAGAGAAGUUACAGGAUAUUAAAAUUGGCGCCCCUCUAGAUGCUUGCAACAACGGACUAAAUAAUAGAAAUGAAGAUCAAGAUUCCAACAUUGACUCAAGCAAUGCUAGCUGUACAAAAUCAUCUGAUGAAGAAGGAGCAGAUCCCUUGAAUAACACCUUCAAGGUGGGUGAACAAGCAGGAGAGGCAAGCUCAGAAACACAAGCAGUAUCAUAUAUAUCAUCAAGCAAGUCCUCUAAAUGGAGGAACUUCACAAUACUUUUAAUGGCACUGAUCAUUAUUCCACUGGUUUCUGUGUUAGCUUUCUUCUUAUUCGAUAAUGAAACGUUUUCCCUUUUGAAAGCUUCAUUUGAUGGCUAAGUUAUGAUGUAGGACGUAGAAAUUUUUUGUUUGUGGUUUGUCCUCAAGUCCUUUGGCUUCUGCUCUGUAUAUCUGUUCAUGUGAUCCUACUAUCCUAGAGUUGGUGUAAGCAUAUUAUUAUUA